UGAAGUGUAGUGAAGUGGCGAACGAAAGUUGCCGGGCUACACCCAAUUCAUUCGUCAUUGUCCCCACUGCGAGACAAUUUGAACGAAUAAAAAUUACUAACUGUGCGUGUUUUUAUUUUUUUCAAAGUGCAAACUUUUUUCUGUUCACAAAAAGAUAAUUAAAAAACCAAACAAUAUUUUAAAUGCGUCAACUAGUUGGACGCUUGUAAAGCUACAACGCAGCUCACGAGCAAGGCAAGAUAAGGCGACCUACUUAACGUCAAUGAAGUUAUCCAAGGCCAGCGUUUCACGUCACUUUUUCCAACAUUAUCGCCGGCAGCAUCAACCGUUUGUCGAAGUAAACGCGUUUGAUUCGUAAAAAGUGAACUAUUUUAAUUCAACCCGACAUUCAAAAACCAUUUUGAGGACAAGAGAAAAUUAGUCAAACAGCAUGUCAGAAUCAAGGGGAAAAAAAGUGGACACAAAGCAACAGCUGUCAUCUGAUUUAUCUAUUGGCGCUAUGUUUGAAGCGAAAUUGUUGACAUUAUUCUGCAUUCGAGCACUUGAGAAUGGCUACAUAUUUGAAUUGCUCAAGGAAAGAAAAGACUUGGGGAGUCGACUAGACGAUUUGAUUUUCAAAUAUCAACUCCCAGGCAAUACAUCGACAUCUCAAGAUUGGCAAUAUCGUUAUUUGCAAGCGAAACACAGACAGGACACGUCAAAGAUGAUAUCUAAGGAAGAGCUUGAGAACGAUGAUGGGAAGGAUUUCAGUUUAGCAAAAUAUUUCCGCGCUUUUUGCAGAAUAUUAAGAAGGGGAGAUAACAUUCAAGAUUGCAUCAUCUGCACAACCACCGAUUUUGAUCCCAAUGAUGUAGUUAUUGACACUAAAGACUGUAAUCUGCCCCCUCAUCAAGCUCAGGCAGAUACAACUGCCACAGAAGCAGCAGAAGCCACAAAAGCGAGCCAGCCGAAGAUUACUUUAAACGAUAUUACAGAUCAAGACGAAGUUAUUUUAAAGUUUGAGUCGAAAAAGACAUCUCGUUACAAAUUGAAACAAAAUGAAUAUAUGCAAGAGAAAAUGAUGAAUGAAUGGUCAAACAUUCAUGUUCUUGCUAAAGCAUUGAUAGCUUGUGCCAACAAAGAAGGCGACUCGCGUGUAAGAGAUGAUUCAAUUUUUUUCCACUAUCACGUUAGUCUACUUGAAGAAAAAGUUAUCGAAAAAAUAAUACGGAAUGAAUUUCAAUUCCAUGAUCACUUUAAGAAAAAUGAUGAUACUCUUUCCGAUGGUGCUAAACAACUGCGUCAAACACUCACAGAGAAAGGUGCAAACUUGGAAAACUGUAAAUUUAAAUUUCCUGUCCAUCAGAACUUUGAAUUCGGGCAAAAAAAGGAAAGAGAACAAAUAGUCAAUAAGUUACCGUUAAAAGUCACAGAAGAAGACGUGAAAACUUUCUUCAAUAAAUUUAUCUUUGUCGUCAACAUGCCAAACGAAGCAGAAUUCAAGAACAUUUUACAAACUGAGGAUAUGAUCAAGUACUACCCAAAGAUCGAAUGUCCUACACAAACAUCUUACAUGCUAGAUGUAACGAAAGAGAUGGCUUCGAAAAAAGACUUGGGUUAUAAAUUAAAAUCAGAAGACGGGAUAAGACUCUUGCUAAGAGGUAUUACAAUCGUUUCAUCAAAAUAUCAAAAAGAAUUGGAAAAAGAGGUACAAUUCAACGAAGACGCCUGUAACAAAAUGGCCAUUAAACUAAGUGAUUUGCUGGACAAUAAGAUUUCGCUAAUUGUCACACCAACGCCGAAGCACACAGCCGUCAAAGUCGUUUCGUCCAUUCAGAAACGGCCAGAAUAUAAAGAAAACGGUAGCUUUUUUAUUACGAAAUCGAUUGAUCUAGAAGAUAACGAAGAUAGAAAACGCUGGAAAAACAUCCUGAAAUUAAAAUCAGAAUUUCAUCGUCCUCUCAUUGUCGUUUGCGAAAAGGAUACACCUGAACUUAGUAACUACGAGGAUCUCAUUUCGGAUUCGGAUGAACAAACGGCCAAGAAAAGCAAGAUAAUUAUCAUUCGCGACGGAAACGCGUACGAGAAUAGUAUCGUGACAGUGAAAGACGAAAUCACUUAUGGAGAGUUGAAUGAGAAAUUCCAAAAUGCUGUCCUGGAGAAAACAAUCACGUUCCAAGGAAAAACUCUAACCGUGGGUGAUCUGGUUGAAAACGAACCGGACAAAGUCAUCGAUUACCUUUCUAUAGAAGAGUUGCUGUUCCAGAAGAAAGACGUCAACAUUCCCCGGCCGGAUACAUCAGAAUGCGAAGAAUCCUUGUACAUCAAGAGGCAGUUGACGAUGGUAUUUCACGAAUCUUUCGAAAACAAAUUAGCAGAACGCUUGAAUUGUACAAUAGAUCAACUCCACGAGAAAUGCAGAAUCACUUCACAAGGUGAAAUUAAAUGGUUUGUUGAAAACCAAGAUCGUGAAUCCAUUUGGAAAGAAAUAAAAAUGCUCGCAGAUUCAGGAAUGUCCUCAAACGCCAUCGACGAGAGUCAACUCUGUUGUCUGGAUGAGCAAAGUGAACGAUUCCCGAUUGUUAUCAUAAGUGGCGUAGCUGGAAUUGGCAAAUCAACUAUUCUCUCCCACUACUACAUGAAAAUGAAAAAAGCGAAACCAGAUCAUUGGAUCAUCAGAAUUAAUCUCGUAGAGCAGCAAACAGCUUUCCUCCAAUCAGUCACAGAAGACACAGUCGUUGAUUUCUUUGUCGACCAUUUGCACAUCGCUGAAGAUAAAAGCCCAUUUUCUCGUUCACUAUUGAGACACCGAAUAAAAACGGGUCAAAGAAUUGCUUUCAUGUUUGAUGGCUACGAUGAAAUCGGCCUUGAUUGUCAAAAGAACGUGAUUCAAUUAAUGAAAAUACUGGCCGGCAAGGAAACGAUUAAACAAUACGUAACGACAAGACCUCACAUGAUAGACGAAUUGCAAUUUGAGUUGUCUCAACUGGCUCAUCAUCUGCAAAUUUUUAAUGAACAACACCAAAUUGAUUAUCUGGUCAAGUAUUGGCAAUCAAAUUUACAAGAGAUGGAAAUGGAAAACAAGUCGAUUAUCAUACAGACCUUCGCAGAAUCGUUAGCUCACCGAGUAUCUCAGACUCUAAGAGAUGAAGAGAAGAGCUUCAUUGGAGUUCCGUUGCAAUGUCGAAUUCUAGCCGAGUGCUAUCAAUCUGAACUUGAAAAACAAAUCAAAAACAAUAACGUAGCAGCAUGUCAAACACUAGUGCAUCAACACUUCGAUUUAAAGAGUCUGUACGAACGUCUUUUGGAUACCAAACGACGAAUCUUUCGGGAAGAAAAGGCAGAAUCGUCAAGUUUCAAUCCAAUCGUGAGCUGUGCCAUCGAUUUCUUGAUCGAUGACAUUGAAUCUCAUCUCACUAAAUUGGCCAUAGAGACACUCGUUGUGGAAAGGAGAGACGUCAAAAUUUUAUGGCCCUCCCAACAACCGUAUUUCCAUUCGGAAGCUGAAAAAUCUGAAAAGGAAAAUAAAAUAACAGAUUUAGGAGUGAAAUACGGAUUAAUAGUACGCAGCAAAGGUGACAAGCAAUCUAAAGUGCAGUUCUUACAUCGUACCUACGCCGAGUACUUGUUCGCCCGAUAUUUGCAUAGAGGAAUGGACAUCAACAAAUUCGACAACCAGCUUUUAGAUAAGAAACCUGUACGUGACUUGGUCGUUAAUGAAAUCUUAGUUGAAGGCCACUAUCACGGAGUAAGGGUAUUCUUGAAUUCUAUGCUGAAGACAGGACAUAGUCAAAGAACGGAACUUCCAAAUCAAUUGCAAAAAUUGGCUAAAAGUUUAGAAGAGCACAUCACAAGACUGCCACAACAUGCUGAACCCAGUGAUCGGCAUACCAACGCCUUAACUGUUACCCUACCGACUCCGAACUUGUUUUAUACCUUACUUAAUUGCCUUGAUGGAACGUUGAACGAAACUGAAAGGAAGCGAGUCGUCAGGUCUGCAUUCCAACACCCUUUUCACUUCUCUACCUUCUUAUAUUGGAGAAGUGGUCAACUGUUUCAAAGAGUUCUUUCUUAUUACGACGACGCAGACGCUGUUGACGUGGAGCGUAUCGUCAAAGAAUUGUUACACGAACCCAUGACGCUCCGAUAUUCACCUGACUCCUAUGUCAUCGUUUGGAACAACGAGGCGUCAAAAGACGUCGUGGAAAAAGUGUUAGAGUUUAUGGGAAAAAACGGGGAGAAUUUAAAACAAGUUUUGAACCCCGAACAAUCAAAAUUCAGACCACUGCACACCUCGGUCACAUUACUGCAUUUUUUCAUCUUUAAUGAAUAUUACAACUGCCUUUUAAGCCAAUUCUUACGUUUCCUAUCGUCCAUCUACGUCGACGAUCGCAACUUUACUGAACUAAUAAAAUUCACAUUAAAGAUGCAAGAUUACAAUAACGAUAACUGGACAUUUCCCUCGAACAAUGGAAUUGAAAAGACCUUGGACAUUUUACGAGAUCUGUCACGACCGAGAGUGAUGGAAGGUUUAUGUCAUUUUGCACUCGUGACGGGUGUUUUCGAAAAUUAUUACCAACCUUUUGCAGCGGACGAUGAAGAUUCAUUGAGGGAUCCUGCUCGAAUGACUAGACUUCACUGGGCAGCGUUUAAUGGCGACAUGGAGGCGAUGGAAAGCGUGGGCGACUGGACGUGCAAUGUGGGCGACUGGACGUGCAGCGUGGACGACAGCUUCACGCCCUUCUACGUAGCGGCCGCUCGUCAUCACAAACUAAUCUGCCACAAAAUAUUAUCAUUAUUAGAAACAAGUCUGACAUCUGAUGAACUUAAAACACAUCUGGCCGAAUAUAAAGGAUUCGUAUAUACGGCCAUGUGGGACGCUGUUUGCUUCCGUAACUUCAAAAUGUUUCAGCUGAUUCUUGAAUCCGUCAAACAAUCCUUAGGGCGACAUUACCUGAUGGCUUUGUUGAAAUCAGAAAAGCCCGUAGAUUCAUUUAAAACCACGCAAUUUGAUGGAUCUGUCAGCUCUUCCAUCUUGGCUCUGAAGAACGGCAAAGUGUUGUUCAAAAUCAUAGCCCAAGUUUUGCUCGAGGAUGGCAGUCAAAAUGGAUACACUGAUUUAAACGAUCUAGUCUUCAACGAGAAAGAAACAGUCGAAAUAGUACUGAACAAUAUCGAAGAAGAAACAUUCCAGAGAAUGGUGGACGUGAAUGGACUGCAAAAUUGGACAAAACGCUUUUUAGACUACAACGUCUGGGGAUUUCGUCGGCUAUCAACCGUCAUUGCAAGGUUUACUCUAAACCAACGGCGGGAAUUUAUCAACAUCAUCACAUCACCAAACAUUCCAACCCAUCAAUUUAAUGGAAUGAACGUCAGUUACUGGGGAAAGUGGUUCGAAAACGAGUUAACCGAUCCAGACUUUUCAAACAUCAGAGAAAGCCUCGACAAACUUUUGAAAUCAUUAGAAGAUGACACUCCAAAAUUGAUUUUUAAUUACAAUAGCAAUGACGCAAUCAAGGCUCUACUGUGUCAGAACGCAAAGUUAGUUACUGCAGCAUCAAAACACUUUUCGUGGGUGAAUUACUUCAAGUUUAAACGACGCGUCAUGAAAAACGGACCAAAAGUGAUGAACGAACUUUUAACUUGGCCUUUAUUCAUUGAGAGAAAAGUUGUUCGAAACUGGAUCAACAUUUUGCCAUUUUACAUCGGUAAAAAGGGCAAAUAUCACUUUGGAAAAUUAGUGAACACUAUUUUAUCAUUACACACCGAAGAGCACGGAGAAAAAACAAUUCAGAUUAGUUUGUGGAGCAAAUAUCUCGAUAGCUACUACAAGGUUGAAAAAGUGGACCAAUUCUUGAAACUCGUGUCAGACAAACUGGGCAAAAGAGCUGUAAGGAAAGUUGUGCUACACAAAGACUGCAUGGGAUUUGUUCUACUUGGAGCCGAAUUACAACAAGAUGCAGAAUUAGUUAAUGCUCUACUCACCCAUUUAAGUGACGAGGAUCGUAACUGUAUCGAGCACCUACUCGAAAGUAGUUUGUUCUCUUCGAGACGCUAUACACUGGACGAUACCACCGAACCGUGCAACUGUCAACCAAUGAAUGAUUGCUGGUGCUGGUGGUAAACAACGUCAAAGGGUCGGCAAGUUGAAACAAAAUGAUGGGAAAGGUAGGAAACGGUGGGGAAAAGCCUUUCAUUACCCUCCCCAUUGGCACUUUGCACGAAAAGUUUUCUUAUUUUUGUUUUUCUUGCCUCUAAACGACCUUUAAUGUAAUCGACCUUCAACAUUUGCAUAAAAUUCUCGUUCAAUACAUGAGCCUUACCUUUCCACAGAAA